UAAUAUAUUAAAUCAUUUUCCUAUCCUUUUCGGUAGUGUUCAGAAGUAUAAACUAUUCUUUUAUUCAAAAUUGUAAGUAGCUUUUGGAAACUUGAAAUGACUGAUAGGCAGCUCGGAAGACUUCUGAUGAACUCCAUAGAUGCCAUGGGUGGAUCCGCUUCAAUGGAAGUGAUCCUGCGCUCAUUGAGCACGGUCACCGGAACCAAGGCCCUGGAACUAGUGGACCAGGUGGACAACCUCAUAGGACAGUACAUAGAGAGGGGGCUGAUCCGUAGGCUAAACGGAUUGUACCACAUUGUCGAGGGGGCACCAAAGGAAAUUUUCGAUUUUUACGCUUAGGAAUGAUAAAAUAGAG